AAAGAAAUAGCCAAGCUUCUUAUUUCGCAUGGUGCAAAUAUCAAUGAAAUAGAUUAUUUUGGAAGAACAGCUCUUCAUUAUUCAGCAAUUCAAAAUAAUAAAGAUAUUGUCGAACUUCUUAUUUCACAUGGUGCAAAUAUCAAUGAAAAAAAUAAAGAUGGAAAAACCGCUCUUCAUCUUGCAGCAGAAAAUAAUUGUAAAGAAGUAGCCGAACUUCUUAUUUCACAUGGUGCAAAUAUCAAUGAAAAAGAUAAUGAUAGGAAAACCCCUCUUCAUCUUGCAGUAGACCAUAAUUAUACAGAAGUAGCCGAACUUCUUAUUUCACAUGGUGCAACAAAUAGUGUUCAUACAUAA